GCGGCGAAGGGAGCGGAGCGGAGCGGGGCUGCAGGCGGGCAGGGAGGCCGGCCCGGUGACGGAGGACGAGCCAGGCCCGCCCGCCCGCCCCGCGCUGGCGCCGGGAGACCCGGCCGAGAUGCCGGUGCGGAGCUCCUGCCGCUGCCCCCCGGAACCGGCCCCGGGAGCCGCCGCCGCCGCCGCCCGCCUGGAGCCUCCGCCGCCCAUCAACACGGCGCAGCCCGGCGUCAGCACCAGCCGCCUCUACAGCGGCGCCAAGUUCCGCGGGCAGCAGCGCUCCAAGGGCAACGCCUACGAGGUGGAGGUGGUGGUGCAGCAUGUUGACAUGGAUAACUCCUAUCUCUGUGGAUACUUAAAGAUAAAAGGCCUUACUGAGGAGUAUCCAACACUUACUACUUUCUUUGAAGGAGAAAUAAUCAGUAAAAAGCAUCCGUUUUUAACCCGGAAAUGGGAUGCAGAUGAAGACGUGGAUCGUAAACAUUGGGGAAAGUUCCCAGCAUUUUACCAGUUUGCAAAAAUAUUUAACUCUGAUGAUUUUGAUUAUGAGGAUCUGAAAAAUGAUGACUUUGUCUUCAUGAGGUGGAAAGAGCAGUUCCUAGUCCCAGAUCACACCAUUAAAGACAUCAGCGGGGCAUCCUUCGCUGGAUUUUAUUACAUAUGCUUUCAGAAGUCUGCAGCAUGUAUAGAGGGCUAUUACUAUCACAGGAGUUCAGAAUGGUAUCAAUCUCUGAAUCUGACUCACGUCCCUGAGUACAGCGCGCCCAUUUACGAAUUCCGGUGACAGGGAUGCCAAGAGCUUCACUAAGAGAUGGCCAGUGAGGCCGGGGGGUGGGGAGAGAGGAGGCGAGCGCGAGGGCGCAUCUUCUAUUCAGACAACGGGGAUGUCUCAGUCAGGACAGAAGACACCAGGCUCCCCUCUUACGGGCAUCUGGACCGAUCUGAAAGCACGAAGGGGAAUCCACGGGACUGCCGGAGCCUGAUCCUUCUUCCAGCUGCGUGGCCAACCUGAUCCCAGAGCCGGAUCUCAGAGCUACCGGUCAAUGCCCUUUUCUUACAGAGCUCGCCUCGAGAUCGCUGACAAUCCUUUCCCUCCGCUCCUUUUGGGGGGAGGAAACGCCCGCGUCUCCCCAGAUCUCCUUGGAAUAGAAGAGAACAUAAGUUGC